AUGGCAUGGAAUGUAUCCACAGAAUGGGACGAUAUACACAGAAGAUUAGGCAAUAAACCUCCUAAAGAAGUCGAGCCUACAUUGGAAGAUCUCACCAAACAAGCAGUUGAAGAGCUUGAAAAAGUCGACCCUCUUGAAUCCAAAAAUCUCCAAGAACUAGAAGAGCUUGAAGAGGAUCAAGACGAAAAAAUAUUUCAAGAAUACCGUGCGAAGCGACUAAAAGAGCUUCAAGAAGCAGCCAUGAAGCCUAAAUUUGGAAGAGUCAUUGAAAUUUCUCGUCAAGAUUUUAUUCAGGAAGUAAAUAAUGCACCCACAGAUGUCUAUGUUAUCUUGCAUCUUUAUCAAGAGCAUAUCGUACAUAGCCGUCUUUUAGACCAGAUAUUCCCUAUAUUAGCAGCAAAGUUUAUAAAUCACAAAUUCAUUAAAAUUCAAGCCACAAGGUGUGUGGAAAAUUUCAGAGAUUGCGAUGUACCAGCACUGAUUGUAUAUAAAAAUGGGGCUUUAGGGCAACAAUUGUUGGGCUGUGGGGAGUUUCUUGGAGGAAAUCGAAUGACACCGGAUUCAGUAGAGUGGACACUUGCUCAGGUGGGAGUGUGGACAACGGAGAUUGAGGAAAAUCCUUUGAAUAAUGCAAGAGCUGUGAUUAAGAAAAAGGAAAAGAGGCAUAAUGAAGAUGAAAGCGACUCUGAUGAAGAUAGACAAUACAGCUCGAAUCAAAUUAAAAAGAAGUGGUAA